UCGUUCGUCAUUUCCAAAGCACUUGCACUGGCCGCCAAACUGAAGACUCUUCGCUCUGUUCGACUGCUCGCGAGGGCGACAAAACGACCCACAUCCCUUCAACGCAUAGAGCGAAAUAGCCCACAACGACAACAAUUCCGAUCUCGAAGUUUUGGGUCCAGCCGAAUAGUCAGUAUGGCAGCAACACCUCUGGACGACAAGGUCAAGAGCCUCAUCGAAAAGUCAUACCCUCAGGCCAAGGGAGCAGAUAGCGAUCCAGCUAAGCUGACUUCAGCCAUCUUUACAACCAUCGAAUACUCGCCCGCCGAGAAGACAGACAUCGAUCAGUGGUCCACCACUGCCGCCCACAUUGCAUCACCCAACGAAGACGCUGCGAAGACGGCCGAGCGCUUAUCCCACCUGAACACCCACCUCGCAUCGCGCACCACCAUUCUCGGCAGCAAACCUAGUGUCGCAGACAUUGCGCUUUACACGAAGCUUGCUCCCGUGGUGAAGAGCUGGACACCAGAGCAGCGCACCGGAGAACAAGGCUAUCACCAUAUCACACGCUUCGUCGACUUCCUCCAGAAUGCUGAAUUGUUCGGCCUGAAGGUGGAAGACAGCGAGAAGGUUGAGAUCGACGCCAGCAAUGUCGUGUCGCCGAUCAAGCCAAUCGACGCCAAGGCUGAGAAGGAGCGAAAGAAGAAGGAGAAGGCAGCAGCGGCCGCGGCAGGUGCAGACAGUGCAGCAGCAGCAGGAGGGACAGUCACGUCCGCAGCCAGCGACGCGACGAAACAAGCGGAGAACCAGAAGCCAAAGAAAGAGAAGAAGGACCUUGGCGACAAAGUGGCAGAUGCUGUAGGUGCAGCAACACCUGGUGAGAAGAAGGAGAAGCCCAAGAAGGAGAAGCAGCCGAAGCAGCCCAAGAAUGCCCCAGCCCCAGACAAGCCGUUCGGCCCUGCUCUCAUCGAUCUCCGGGUGGGGCAUAUUCUGAAGGCCAUCCAACAUCCAGACGCUGAGAAGCUCUUUGUCAGCACAAUCGAUUGUGGAGAUGCUCCGGGCACAGACAACACAUCCGAGUACGAGGGCAAGACCGUGCGAACGGUGUGCUCUGGCUUGAAUGGACUCAUCCCACUCGAGGAGAUGCAGAACCGCAAGAUCGUGGCAGUCUGCAAUCUCAAACCUGUCACUAUGCGUGGAAUCAAGUCAUGUGCCAUGGUCCUCGCUGCCUCACCACGGGGCGAUGACGACCAUGCUGGUCCUGUCGAGCUCGUCAACCCUCCAGCUGACGCUCCGGCCGGUGAGCGUGUCUACUUUGAGGGAUUCGAGGGCGAGCCUGACGCUGUGUUGAACCCAAAGAAGAAGGUCUGGGAAGACAACCAGGUCGGCUUCACGACGACUGCGGACAAGGUUGUUGCCUACGAACCAACCAAGGUCGAGAAGCUCAAAGACAGCGGCAAGACCGAGAUUGCCAAAUUGAGAACCAAGCAGGGCGAGUGUACCGUGCCAACUCUGAUCAACGCCAGCGUACGAUAGAAGACUGCGAUGGAUUUGGGAGAGCGUGUUGCCGUUCCGGCGAAGCGACACGAUGAUAGCGACUCCGCUGUGUCCGGUUUCCCACCCUCAAGUCGAGCUUCAUCGCCAGAUCCCGAUGCCUCGCAAGGUCCAGUCGUCAUUGGCUGGUCAUUCAAGGACAAGGACGGGAAACUGCAGCUGCAGUAUACAGAGGACCAGUGAAAGCAGUGCAAGGAUUUGGCACCGAGAGCAGAGGACUUUGUGAAGACUAUGAUGAGAUGACGAUGCAUGAAAUGGAUGAUGCAGCACAGAAGAGGAGAUACUCAGCUAAAAAGCAUUACUGAAUGA